UAGUUUGUUUAAUAACCGAGUUGACAUUUGACAAUCGAAUCACAAGAUACAUUAUCAAUUUCAAUCUAGAACCUCUGGUGACCUCGAGAUCGAUUCAUGUCACACAGUGUCAAACAUUUGAGAUCAUUUUUGGUUUAUUUUCCUUAAGUUUAUUCUUCAAGGCGAUACUAGAUAUUGAACACAAAACAGCAAAUAAACAUCCAAGCAAGUUAAACACCUCUUUGCAAACACCCCUUAAUUAAUUAUUUUGAUUCAUUUUAAACUGAUUUCUGGAUAAUUCAGUUUACUAAUUUUUUUUCACUUAAAUACAUCUAUUUGUCACCAGCAAUGAGCACAACUAACUUAUUUCACCACGAAGCAUUAAACGAAGAUGCCAUGCAACAUCAAGACUUGGACCUACAAGAAGAGCGUACAAUGUCUGCUCAUAGCAACAAUUAUGGAACAAUUAUUUCCUCUCAUCAUUCAACGGAAAAUUCCGAAUGCAACAGUAGCAACGAGGAAUAUCGACCAGAUUUUUCAACAACCAUUACCAAACUGAAGUACGGAGGAAGAACUUCAACUGCAGGCGCCACUUUUAUUAUGCUCAAUGCUUUGAUUGGUUCUGCAUUUUUGAACCUUCCAUACGCUACGAAAGUGUUCAACUUAGAGAUGCUUUUGUUCGGACAACUUCCAAUCGUCCUUAUAAGCAUUCUUGUCCUUAUCUUUCUCGCAACUGCCAUUGAAAUGACUCAAAAGAUUGCUCUGCAGGACAUAAUCCAAGUACUAUUCGGCUCAAAACUCAAAGUGAUAAUAGACAUUGCCCUCUUAUGCUACACUUUCGCUACAUGUGUGGGUUACAUGAUGGUCGUAGAGGAUCAGUCUGUGCUUCUGAUCCAGUGGUUUGUCAACACAGAGGAAUUACCGGCUGCUAAUCUCGAACUAUGGGACAAAGCGAUCGCCGCUCUAUCUUGCCUAAUCAUGGUCUAUCCCCUUUGCAUUCCGAGGAGUGUCAACUUCUUGUAUUACCCCAGUGUUGCUAGCUUCUUUGUGAACUUGUACGUGGUCGUGUUUGUAAUAGUGCGCUAUUUCACAAUGGAGGAACAAACGCGACCUCGGAAUAUUACGGAGCCAGCGUGGAGCAUGGAGGCCUUUGUCGGCUUCGUUGCAGUCGUUAUCUUCGAAUUCCAGGGUUUCUUCACAGCCCCCGCUAUUUACAGCGACCUCAAAAGACGAACUCCUACUAAUUGGCUCAUAGUUUGUUCGCUGUCCAAUUUUGGAAGCUUGAUUGUGUACACAGCACUAGCUGCUUUCGUGUUAAUGACGUUCGGCACUGCCGUCGACGAGGACUUCUUAAAUACAUACGAAACCAAUGAUCCCCUCGCCAUCACAGCGCGACUCUGUAUUAUGACUUCAGUUAUAGCAUCAUAUCCUAUUAUCUGCUUUGUCGCAUGCAAAGUAAUACAAGACUACUUGUUCGCACCAGAUAAACUUCAAACUGGUCCCCUGUCCUUCGGAAAAUACUUCACUUUAAAGACAUCAUUUUUCUUCCUAACCCUAUUGUGCAUGUUAUUCGCUCCUGGAAUGAGCCAGGUAUUUAUAUUGUCUGGAAUACUGGCAUCUUUUUCUACCUUGGCGCUUCCUGGCAUGGUGAUGAUCAGAAUUCGUAAAGAAUACGGAAGAGCGGAAGUCUUUGUAAUGAUUCUGGGAUGGAUAUUUAUAGUUACGAAUAUCGUUUUUGUUGCGGGAUACCUCUACACAAAAACUCCUCUGAAGCUCAUUUGGUCAUGAUCAAAAACCAUCAUAAAUGAAAACUUUGAUUAUAUCCCUCAUUUAACUGCUUAAUAAACAAAUUUAUGUAUUUCUAGCUUUAUUUUCAAUAUAUAUCAUACUUCUUGAAUAAACUAA